UGUCGCGAUAUUAGAGCAACUGAUGGCUGCACGAGCGAAUGUGGAACUCCGAUUUAUUUGAUGGUUUUCAACAACACGCGCAAAUUGCAAUGGCAGCAGUGCUCCCUGCUAAAUAAAGUGCAAGGCGUUUUAUAAAAUUCUCUUGAAGACCGCACGAACGGACUCCAAAAUGGACGCCGGCGAAGGUAUGAGUUGUGCCACACCCACAGAUGAGAUAAAUGGAGCUGGCAACUUGAUGGACUUCCUGGAGGAGCCUUUCCCAGACGUGGCCACGUAUGAAGACUUUCACACCAUCGACUGGCUGAGGGAGAAGUCCAGAGAUACUGACCGCCACCGCAAGAUCACCAGCAAAAGUAAAGAGUCCAUAUGGGAGUUUACCAAAAGCCUGCUGGAUGCUUGGUCAGGAUGGGUGGUCAUGCUGCUUAUUGGAUUACUCUCAGGUACGUUGGCUGGAGUCAUCGAUUUGGCGGUGGACUGGAUGACCGACUUGAAGGAGGGUGUAUGCCUGUCCGCCUUCUGGUAUAGCCACGAGCAGUGCUGCUGGACAUCCAACGAGACAACAUUCGACGACCGUGACAAGUGUCCGCAGUGGCAGAAGUGGGCGGAGUUGAUAACAGGCCAUUCUGAGGGAGCGGGACCAUAUGUGUUAAACUACUUGUUGUACAUCCUGUGGGCUCUUUCCUUCUCCUUCCUGGCUGUGUCACUGGUGCGAGUUUUUGCGCCGUACGCUUGUGGCUCAGGGAUCCCAGAGAUCAAGACCAUCCUCAGUGGUUUCAUCAUUCGUGGUUAUCUGGGAAAAUGGACACUGCUUAUCAAGACUGUCACGCUGGUUCUCGCCGUCUCGUCGGGUCUCAGCCUGGGAAAGGAGGGUCCUCUGGUCCAUGUCGCAUGUUGCUGUGGGAAUCUUUUCUGCAGCAUCUUCUCCAAGUACAGCAAGAAUGAGGGAAAACGACGAGAGGUGUUAUCAGCGGCAGCGGCAGCUGGUGUGUCUGUGGCUUUUGGUGCACCCAUCGGAGGUGUUCUCUUCAGCCUGGAAGAGGUCAGCUACUACUUCCCUCUCAAGACUUUAUGGCGUUCCUUCUUUGCCGCAUUGGUCGCUGCUUUUACUUUGCGCUCCAUCAACCCAUUUGGCAAUAGCCGCCUUGUACUGUUCUAUGUGGAGUACCACACGCCGUGGUACAUGGCCGAGUUGGUGCCCUUUAUCCUGUUGGGCGUUUUCGGUGGCCUUUGGGGUACCCUUUUCAUCCGCGCCAACAUUGCCUGGUGCCGGCGAAGGAAGACCACCCAGCUGGGGAAAUAUCCGGUCCUGGAGGUCAUCGCAGUAACAGCUAUCACUGCCGUGCUGGCGUACCCCAAUCCGUACACUCGGCGUAGUACCAGCGAGCUCAUUUCUGAGCUCUUUAACGACUGCGGCGCACUGGAAUCGUCUCAGCUCUGCGACUACAUCAACAACCCUAACAUGAGCCGACCCGUGGAUGAUAUUCCGGACCGGCCGGCUGGCCCCGGCGUUUACAACGCUCUCUGGCAGCUGGCGCUCGCUCUCAUCUUCAAAAUCGUCAUCACCAUCUUCACCUUCGGCAUGAAGAUUCCGUCAGGCCUCUUCAUUCCCAGCAUGGCAGUGGGCGCCAUCGCAGGACGGAUUGUGGGCAUUGCAGUGGAGCAAAUGGCAUACCAUCAUCACGACUGGAUCAUCUUCAAAAGCUGGUGCCGACCUGGCGCGGACUGUGUCACACCUGGACUAUAUGCCAUGGUGGGCGCUGCCGCCUGUCUGGGUGGGGUUACAAGAAUGACUGUGUCAUUGGUGGUCAUCAUGUUCGAGCUAACCGGCGGUCUCGAGUACAUCGUCCCAUUAAUGGCGGCCGCCGUCACUAGUAAAUGGGUGGCGGAUGCCUUUGGGAAAGAAGGCAUUUACGAAUCGCAUAUCCAACUCAACGGGUACCCGUACCUGGAUGUCAGGGACGAAUUCACACACCGCACCCUGGCCGCUGAUGUCAUGCGACCACGUAGGAACGACCCGCCGCUUGCCGUCCUCACCCAGGACACUACCACAGUAGAGGAUGUGGAGAUGCUGAUCAAAGACACGGAUUACAACGGCUUCCCGGUGGUUGUGUCCAGAGAUUCUGAGAGACUCAUCGGCUUUGUGCAGCGCAGAGACCUCACGCUCGCAAUCAAAAAUGCCCGUCAAAAACAAGAUGGCGUGGUGAGCAGCUCGGUGGUGUACUUCACCGAAGACUCACCGCAGUUGCCGGCCAGCACACCGCAGCCGUUGAAGCUGCGCCGCAUCCUCAAUUUGAGUCCUUUCACCGUCACUGACCACACACCCAUGGAGACUGUAGUGGACAUAUUCCGCAAGCUGGGUCUCCGCCAGUGUCUGGUCACACGCAGCGGGCGUCUGCUCGGCAUCAUCACCAAGAAGGACGUUUUGCGUCACAUGGCGCAAAUGAUGAACCAGGAUCCUGAGUCUAUUAUGUUCAAUUAGCCAGCCUCAAGACCGUCUUUGAAAAACCCCUCCUACCUGUGACCAGGACAGCCUCAACCUUGGCUAAUCCAAUGUGCGUGCUGUGACUGCCCACCAGUCUUGGAUUUAUUGGUGGGACAACAGGCAUGCACUUCGAAUGCUCGUAUCUGUCGUACCUUGACUUAAGAGAGCACCAAACUUGUGAGUUUCCGAGGUAUGAACAGGCACUUUGUUUUUUGUUUUUGUGUUGCAAGCCAAAUGUUGAGGCAAAAGUGAGCUUCACAUACAUCAUACAUCUGCCAAGCAUCACAUAAAUUGAAAUAAUGGUGCCUGAAAAUACGACUGGGAGUUGCUGGUUUCUGUUGCUUCAAGUUGAGAGCGAACAUUUGAGAAGUAGGGCAGAUUUUGAAUCUUCCAAAAAAAAAAAAGGCUUAAAGUGACAGACAACAAACACCUACUAAAAAUGACUGUAUUUUGGUACAGUGGUACCUUGACAUACGAUUCUUUCGUCAUACAACUUAAAAUUUGACUUGUCAUAUGAUUUGCCUGGAACCGCCAGACUAUUCUCCCUGUAUUUUUCAAACACUGUGAGAAAUAGUCUGGGACCCAGCCCAUUAACGGCCUCUCGAACAAGUACAAAAUCAACCAUCCAAUUAGAUUCGUUUAUUUGCGUGACGUGUUCUUAACGAGUAACGUCACUCUUGCGCGCCGAAAAUCGUCUUUACAACAACACAGAUGGCGAACGGGAGAGCCGAGAAUAUGUUCCAAUCCGCGGUAAAACCAGUUUUAUAUUGCCAAAAACACAUCGACACAAGUCAUUGACUACAGUCGACAUGGCUCGCGCUAGCCAUGUUGAAUAAACGUCUACAUUCUCCGCUCACGCUAAUUACUUGUCGCUUUAACAACGUCAUGUUUGCCCGUCGCUGAUUGGUCCACUCCGCUGUCUGUUUGCUGUGGCUUGCUCCGCCCUCGGAAUUUGAUCCGCCGGAUGGUCGCCAACUCAAUCGCUGGAACAGCGGUGAGUCCGGUAUACCAGGCAAUCACACUAUGAUGACAUGCUCGAAAUACGCCGAAUUACGGCAGCAGCGCAAUUUCAGCAUAUCUGAUUUUCUUGUGAGAGAUAUCAUAAGUCCCGAGAAAGUUAGUGCAGGUAGUAGUCGUAGUGGUGAAAAAAGGAAGGAGGUGAUGCUUACCAUCGAAAUGAAGAAAAAAAUCAAAAAUAUGAGCAUGGUGUCCAUGUGAAUGAGCUGACUAGACAAUAUGGCUCACCGUAUCCUCCUCUACCUACACAGCCGCUGUCUCCUCCGAUGUCCGUUUGCCAGUAAGUUAAUGUGACAUUAAAAAUGCUUUUUAAAGGGAUCCACUGAUAGAAAGGCUUGUAGCUCUUAAACGUUAUUAUGAGUUAAAAUAAUUUGAUAUUGAAACUCUUCUUGAUGUUUUUGUUUUUAUACAAUCUGUAAAAUUUGACUUUUAUCUCGCCAUUGUUGUUGACGUCGCUGGGCGGUGACGUCACAUGGUUACUGCUGCUGGGCUUCCAGAGUAUGACUCAAGCAACAUAAACAUGUCAUCUGUUUAAAUGGUUUCAAUUUGAACCUGAGAGGAACAUUAAUAAGCAUGACAGCACUGUCGAUAUUUUACGAAAUGAGCAGCAAAAUUAAAAUGAACUGGAAUGACUGGAUGAGACGAGAGUGUUCAUCUAGUGCGGGGGUCAGCAGCCCGCAGCUGUUGAGCAGCAUACGGGUCUUUAGCACUGCCCUUGUGGCUCCCUGGAGCUAUUUAAAAAAUGAUUGAAAAUGGAAAAAGAUGGGGUAGGGAAAUAUAUAUUUUUAGUUUAAAUAUGGUUUCUGUAGGCGGACAAACAUGACACAAACAUUCUUCUAAUUCAUUAAUAUUGUAGUGGAAAAGCGGCAUCGUACAACAGUGUAGUCACCUGGUGCAUCAUUGUCUACAGUAUAUGAUGCAUUGCAGAGAAAAUUAACAUUCACCAUAUUUUUUGCACUAUGAGGCGCAUCAGAGUAUUAGGCGCACCGUCAAUCAAUGGCCUAUUUUAAAACCAUUUUCAUGUAUAGGGCGCACUGCAUUAUAAGGUGCAGUAGUAGUAGAAGUAGUAGUAGUGGUUGGGGUUGCGUUAUGCAUCCUCAAGAUGGAGCUGAGCUAAAUGGAAUGACAUGCCAUGAUUAAUAUUGAUCCAUAUAUAAGGCAGAUUGGAUUAUAGGACACACUGUUGCUUUUUGAGAAAAUUGAUGGCUUUCAGGUGCGCCUUAUAGUGCGGAAAAUACGGUAAUUAUGAAGGCUCAUUAUGUAUUUGUAGCCAACUUAGUCAUUUUGAUAGUAGACUUAUAUAGCUAAGUUAGAUACUGUACAUACAGCAUGUGUUGCCUUCAUUGUAAGGCUUUCAUUUUUUUUGCGGCUCCAGCCAUGUGUGUUUUUUGUUUUUGUUUGUUUGUUUGUUUUUUGCUGCAAUAGAGCUCUUUCAACAUUUUGGAUUGCCGACCCCUGGUCUAUUUGGCAGUAACAAUCGAUGUCAUCACCCUGAGCUUCCAUUGCGCGACUAAAACGUGGUGCCCUCCAUAGGUCAAAACAUGUAGUAAAUAUUAUAGAUUUUUAAAUCAAUGGCAAUAUUUUGUGUUUCCAAUGACAUAUUUUAGUAAAAGAGAACAAUGGAGGCUUAUUAGAGCUGAUAAGUCUUAAAGUCUGAGGUUCCCUUUAAUUUCUGGUUAAUAAUUUAUUUGUUUUUCUAUGUGUAAUUGCUAUUUGUAAUUGUACCUUCAGUAUUUAUUAAAGAUUUAUCAUAGGUUUUUGGGCUGUGGAAAGAAUUAAUCGAAUAUGUAUUCUUAUAGGGAAAUCCCUCUCGAUAUACGAACAUUUCGACUUACAAAUAAGGGCCUGGAACGAAUUACAUUCAUAUGUCGAGGUACCACUUUAUUCAAAUCGUGAGUUUGUUAGACCUCUGAUAAUGAAGAAGAUAAUGUUUAAACACAAAAAAUGACCGCUUACAAGCCCAGCAAAUUUUUGACAUGAGUUAUACCCACGCACACAUUGGUGUAUGAGAUGAGUGUUAAUGAUGUCAUAAGGAAGGAAGGGCAGUCUGGAAUUCUUUCAGUUGAUUGGCUAAAAUACCAACGUCUGCCCCCAUGCUGUGCUGCCACUUCCUGGAAACACUGACUUUUAUUAAUGUUUUUCUUCAGUAUGACAACACAGAAAAUAUAAAUUCUGUGUUUAUUCAAUUUAUUAAAACAAAAGAUUUUUUUCCCACUGACAAGUUGCUGUCUGUCCCUUUAAAGUUGUGUAAUGCCAUUCCUAGUUGAUGUUUAUGGACACUAAACAUGGAGGAAAAAAGUUAUAAUUCUAACAAUUUAAGUUGUAUUUACAAGUUGCAUCUUUAAAACAAUGACAUAGCAUUUGCUAAUGCUAACACAUAAUGGGAAAUGCCAUAUACUGUUAACAAAUAGUGUUGUGGUGUUAUGUUUUAACUAGGGCUGUCAAAUUUAUCGUGUUAACGGGAGGUAGUUAAUUUUUUAAAUUUAAUCACAAUAAAAUAUUUAACGCAAUUAACGCAUGCACAGCACGAUCCACUCACGCAUUGCUGCAAACAGCCUACAGUGCCGCCGUUUUACUUAUAUACAGAGCUAAGAGGCAGCGUCAAGUGAAAGGAGUAGAUGCAAGCAUUCAUUGGCACCGUGCUUGUAAUUGACAAAAGCUUUAACAUCUCUCCCACAACAACUAUAAAUAUUGUGGGAAGCGAUGUGGGGAAUAACGACAGGAGUUUUUCUUAACACCCUGUAUCAUACCCAACGCAGAGAAGAUAUAGCAUUUGCAGCCACCACACACAGUCAUGGUUGCACCUCUUCCCAUCAUGCAUUUGGGCAGAAAAGUUAAGUCGCUACAGUAUCAUUUACUGAAAGCAUAACAAAUACACUAGAUGGCAAUAUUUAGUCACAAUAUACAAACGCACGUUUAUCCUUUAAGAAUUGCAAGACUUUCUAUCUGUGGAUCCCUUUCACAGAAAGAAUGUUAAUAAUGUUAAUGCCAUCUUGUGGAUUUAUUGUUAUAAUAAACAAAUACAGUACUUAUGUACAGUAUGUUGAAUGUAUAUAUCGUCUUGUCUUAUCUUUCCAUUCCAACAAUAAUUCACAGAAAAAUAUGGCAUAUUUUAGAGAUGGUUUUAAUUGCGAUUAAUUACGAUUAGUUCAUUUUUAAGCUGUGAUUUACUCGAUUAAAAAUUUUAAUCGUUUGACAGCCCUAGUUUUAACCUACGAAUAUUUUAACAAACGAUGCAACAAUACGUGUAGGCAGACAAUAUGUCCUUUAGUGUAUUUAUGAAGCUCUUGUUGUGCGCAUGACUGUGUUAUUCAAAUCCAAGGAUAGCAAAUCCCACGGAAUGAUUCACUUGUGUUCAAGCAGUUUAAUUCUUUUACAUUCUAUUUAUUUUAUUAUUUUCAUAAAGUACAAUAUUAUCGAGUGCUACUUUCCAUAUUAAAAACUUAUAAUUUUUGUUGUCGUUUUGCUGGAAGUGGCUGAAACGGUUGGUAUUUUCACUCAUUUGAAGACCGCUGCAUUACAAACCUGAUCACACAAUUAUUUCAAAUCGUAAGUCAAGGUACCAAUUCAUCUGUGCAUGUCUACUCUAAGUGACAAGGGAAGUGUCGAUUACAGCCCAUUAACUGUUUUCUGUAAUUGUUUGUUUCUGUAACUGAUUGUUUUAAUAUUUAAAUGUUUCUCAUCACCGCAAGUCACUGAAUAGACUGGACACUCAAAAGCCACACGCUUCCACUCUUUCCAAAUCUGUCUACUGUAGAUGCAGGGUUUCAUCUGUGCUGUGAAUAAUAACAAAGGUGACUGAAUUGUUUGUCAAAGUCAACAAAAGGCAUUUUUAUUGUCCUAUGUCAUGCUAUUGUCAUGGUGAAAAAGAAGCUGAAUCAGCUGCUCCCUACUGACACACUGGAUUCCAUAUUUGUAAAUGUUGAUCUGACCAUCCUGUCUUGAAAUUCCAAGAGAAUGUAUAAAAGUGUACAUGUAUUUUUAUGAUUUAAUAUAUUAGUUGAAGACAUGUGAAUUAAUUUAAAUACAGUAUUUAUCAGACAUUUGCACUUUGGAACUUGUAAAUCCAGUCAUACAAAAUUAAAUGUUGAGCUGACCUUCA